GGGGUCGAUGAUUUUACCCACUUUCUUAGCGAUGCUUCUCUUUACCCAAAACUUCGGGCGCAGAGCUACUUUGAAGAAUUCCUAAAGAAUGAAAGGAUACAUCAUAUGCACUUUCAAGGGAGACCGAGAAUACCCUAGCGUUACUGCAUAGACUAUUUUGCUUGAAUGGGAGGUUACUGAUGGUUGAGCGUCGAGUGGCGUUAACUCGUACGUGGUGAAGAUAGGAGUUUAGUGACGUGAGUUAAAUCCUCUAUACCUUCAUAUGAUGUGAUGUUUACUUAUUACUUAAAUAGUUGUAGUUGCGAUUUAGCCUUCAUAGCUCAUAAUGGCAUCAUUUCAUACGGACUUCAUUCGUCCAAUCCCAUGUACAGAUGUCUGCGAUGUAGGAUCAAAUACUUCCCCGCUCGCCUGUGGUGUGCCGAUAACUACAAAUUUAAAUGAAUUGUUCAUGUUAUAAGUUAUUCCAGACAGGUGAAAAUAGAAUUCAAGGAUAACUCCCUAUUAAUCAGAUAAACACGGUCUAUGGUAUAGAGCGGAAAAUGUCUCCAUCUCGAGUCGAAGCCCCUUUAUCCUACGAAUAUCCAAAUGAGACCAAGGAACAAUUAGAAUAUGCGGAACUAGAAGCACUCGAUAUCUCUAAGUUAGACCAGCCAGGAGGCAAGCAAGCGCUCGCAGAGCAAGUCCUAAAGUUCAUCAAUAAAAACGGCUUCUUCUACGUCGUCGGCCACGGCUUCUCAGACGAACAAGUGCGGCGCCAGUACGCCCUCUGCGAAGCGUUCUUCCAGCUCCCUCUCGAAGAGAAGCUUCGCUACGCCUGCGACACCGCCAAGGGCGACUUCCGCGGGUACAAGCCGCAGUCCUCGGGCAAGCUCGCGGGCCGCGACAACGACGAGCGGUACAACAUCCCGAAAUUCACGGCGGAGCACGAGCGCCCGCACCCGCAGCUGAUCCGGGACCACUGGGACGAGAUCCGCGCCUUCUCGCUGAAGAUCCACAACGACGUGCUGCUGCCGCUCUUACGCUUGUUUGCGUACGUGCUCGAGAUCGACGACGAGGAGUAUCUGGCGAAGCGCCACCGCUACGAGGCGGAAGGGCUGGAGUACCUCCGGUACAUGAAGUACCACCCGCGCACGGCGGAGGCGGACGCGCGGGUCGGCAAUAUCUGGGCGAAGGGGCACACGGACUACAACACGCUGACCCUCCUCUUCCACCAGCCGGUCGCGGGGCUGCAGGUGCAGACGCCGGAGGGGCGGUGGCGGCACGUCCGGUCGCCGCGGGACGCGAUCAUCGUGAACAUCGCCGACGCGCUCGAGUUCCUGAGCGGGGGGUACUUGAAGAGCACCGUGCACCGCGUCGUGCGGCCGCCCGAGGACCAGACGGGCGCGCCGAGGCUGAGCUUGAUCUACUUCGCGCGCCCGGAGGCGAAUAUCCUGCUUAAGCCCGUCGCGAGCCCGUUGCUGCGGCGGAUGGGGCUGCAGUCGGAGAUGGAGCCGUUCGCGCAUGAUGUCACUGCGGAAGAAUGGGCGAGAGCGCGAAUCGCGAAAGACCACAGGUUCCGUACGGGAUUGGUUGACCAGCGCGAGAAGGAGAUCAUUGCGGGUGUAAAUCAGAAGUACUACGAUUAAGAUGACUAAGACAUAGGUAAACUGUUACCUACACGGUUGGAUGUUCUCAUCACUGGUAGGAUUUGGUCAUAGGCUACAUACCUAGGUACUGGGUAUGAUGAAAGGAUGAAUCUUACGAUCAAGAAUUUAAAGGGUGUCACCUAAAGGAAUGCAAAAAUGCGAAUGCGACAUGUUAUAUAGAGUAUCAA